GUUGAGGUAAGAAGAAAAAAGAGAGUAAACGCAUAGACACAAGUGAAAUUCGAAAGCGAGAGAGAGAGAAAAAGGAGACGAUGAAAGACUCGGACUCUGAAAUCUCCUCCAUGAAACCCAGCAACAAUAAUAAUGCUGCCAAGCUCACAAAGCCUCCUUUCGUACCAGCCAAAGACGACACCAAACCUGUGCUUCAAGACCCAAUACUGAGGUCUGAUCCGAUUGAGACAGAGGAAGCUGUGCUUCGGUUGCCUCCAUUUCCUAUUAACAGAUCAAAAAAUCCUCAACCCAAAAUGAGUUGAGCUGUUGUUGUUACUCUACUCUUAUGUAGAAUGAAAUUGUACUUUCAUGGAGAAUGAAUGAUGAAUGUUGAAUGAUGUUAAGUUUUUUUUUCUUCUUUUUAAUGUAAAAUCUCUGGGUGAAAAAGCUCUUCUUAAUUCCAGUGUUAAUUGCCAUUUAAUUUUUGUUGGGCAAAA